AUGUGGAGUGAGAAUGGAAACUCAAAGAAACUUUUUGCAACUUAUGAAACAGAACAUGACUUGUGUGACAAGCAAGAAGCCCAAGAUGUCAGCUUUCCAAGAUCACUCAGAGAGCAGGAGCUGAAAGGCACUUGUUUGGGCUUAAAUCGUGGGAUUUCGUUAUCAGUUGCAGUAAGUCAUCCAAAUCUCUGA